AUGUCCAAAGCACCCCUCAAGAAGUCGGAAUGGGAACGUCAGCUCUCGUCCAUCAACGUCGCCAAAGAUGACCUCAACCGACUCGUCAUGGACUAUCUUGUCAUCGAAGGUUACAAGGAUGCAGCCGAUUCCUUCAGCAAGGAGAGCGGUCUCAAGCCGUUCGUCGAUUCGGACAGCAUUUUGAACCGCAUGAUCAUCCGAGGAGCUAUCCAGCGAGGCGACAUUGACGACGCCAUUGGCCGUGUCAACGAACUUGAUCCAGAGAUCCUGGACAACAACCCGCUCCUCUUCUUCCACCUCCAGCAGCAACGUCUCAUCGAGCUGAUUCGCGCCGGUCUCGUCAACGAAGCGCUCUCCUUCGCUUCGGAAGAGCUCGCUCCUCGCGGCGAAGAACACCCCGACCUGCUACCAGAGCUGGAGCGCACCAUGGCGCUUCUUGCCUUCGAUGUGCCCAAGGCUGGUGGUGUUCCUGCAACCGGACCGCUCGCUGCGCCUCCACACGUCGCCGAGCUUCUUUCUCCCAGCCAGCGACUCAAGACAGCUGGCGAACUUAACGCUGCCAUCCUCGCCUCGCAGAGUCAAGGUCGGGAACCCAAGCUACCGCAGCUGAUCAAGAUGCUCAAGUACAGCGAGGAGCUCAUGGGUCCUACGGGGCCUGGCAAGUGGGAGUUCCCGCAUCUCGACCUCGAGGGCGCGCUUGGCAUUGAUGCUGGUGCAACCGCUGCGGUCGUUCGCAAUGGCGAAGCUGGCGCAGCGCUCACGGUCUGA